CGAUUUAAUUUUACUGUCAUUUGGCCUCAUAUGGAGAACAUGAAACCUGUCUGAUCUCUCAGUAUCAGACACUGUAUCCUCCACUAGGUGGCGCUCUUUCAGUGUGAUUAAUGUGAUCUUCAGUCAGUGGUGAUGGAGGGAGGAGCCAGUAAAGCUGUUCAUUACUGAUAAAGAGCUGAAUAAAGAGGAAGUAACUAAAGCAGACAGGUGUAGAGACAGAGAGAUUCACACAGAGAUCAUUCAGCAUAAAGAAGACUGAACUCAAGUCACAAUGAAGAUCCUCCUCAUCUUCUUCACCUUCUACCUGAUCUCAGAUGCAGUACAAGAUAUUGAUGUGACUGGAUAUUCUGGAGGAAGUGUUCUUGUUGAUUCUGGCAGGUUUUCACCCGAUAACAAUCACAAUCUACAAAAACAAACCAGUGGCAAGUGGUAUAUAAUAAUAGACAACAAAAAACAAGCUAAAUGGAUUAAUAAAGGAAGAUACACUUUGUAUCUCAACAAAAACAGAAACGUCAUGCUCUUAAUCAGAGAACUAAAUGCACAGGACUCUGGAAGAUACAAGAUUGGACUUUCAGGUUCAGAGGUUAUUGAAAUACAUCUGAAUGUGAUAAAUGAUCCAUGUUGUAAAGUGUCAACGAGAGUGGAGGGAAGAAGGAAACGAACUUCCUUUUUUAAAUGUGAAUAUUCACAGAAUCAUAUUAAUAAUCCCAAGAUCAUAUUCAAAGAGGGAAAAGACUCCAUUGAUGAGAUUAUAAACAGUUCAUUGAAAAGGAAUGGAAGGUUCAGUAUGUCUAAAAGAAAAGAUAAAAAAUUAAUAACUGUGAUAAUUUCUGCUGUGACACCAGAUGAUGGAGGAGUUUAUUUAUGUGGCGUUCAGAUCAACACACUCUUGUACAGUUACUACAUUAUUACUACUGUUCAUCUACAUUUUUUUCUGGAUGUAGUGGGUGUGUCUAGAAUGACUGGCUACUCAGGAGGUGGUCUGAUGAUCAAGUGUGAACAUCCUCAAUACAAAACCAAACCAAAAUACAUCUGUAAAGAAUCAGACGGAUGUUCAGAGAGGAAGAAUCCAGGAGUUCAGGAUGAAUGGAUGGAGAAUGGAGAUGUUUCUUUAUAUGACGACACCAAUCCAGAAUAUCCAAAUAGCAUGACUGAAUCUGUGUAUCUUGGUGAAGAAGUCAACAUCUCCUGUCAGCUUCCAGAGGAACAUAAAGUUCAUUUCUGUAAAGAGGAUGAUAAUCACAUCUGCCAGAACAUCAGCUCAUCUAAAGUGACAGAAACGAGUGGUUCAUCAGAGAGAAAUGAAGAGAGAGUUGUUACAGUGAGCAUCAGUAAUGUGAGUGUGAGAGAUGCUGGAGUUUACUGGUGUGGAGCAGAAACCAGAGACACGUAUCUGUCUUUCAUCUCCCUGACCACUAAAAUUCAGCUCAACCUCAUCAUGGCUCCAGUAGUGAGACGUGAAGGAGAGUCUGCUGAGAUCUUCUGCCCUUAUGAUUCAAUCUAUAAAUCAAAGCCAAAGUCUCUCUGUAAGGGGAAGUGCUCCACUAGAGACAGAAAUCCUCUCAGUGAGACUGUGAGAGAAGAGAAAGAGACCAAGACUGACAGAUUGACUCUGAAAGAUGACGUCACUGCAAGUGUCUUCACUGGGAGCAUCACUGCUCUGACAGCAGAGGAUGCUGGGAAAUACUGGUGUGCAGUGACAUUAGAAACAGAGCUCAAUUAUCUUCACACUCAUCUGAUGGUCAUCAUGAACGAGGAGCUGAACUUGACUAAGUAUGAAGGAGACGACGUGUCAAUCCAGUGCAAACAUCAGGAUGAAGAUCAGAAAAGCUUCUGCAAAGCACAUGAAGCCCCCAUGUGUGUGAAGGAUGGAGUUUCAUUGGAGACGAUCAGAGAUGAUCGAUUCUCUUUCAGUGAUGAAGCAUCUGCUGGAGUCUUUACUGUGAACAUCACUGAUCUGAGAGAAGAGGAUUCUGGGAUAUACUGGUGUGGAGCUCACGCCAUCACUGAAGUGCAUUUAAAUAUCAGCAAAGAUAAGGACAGGAGUUUCUCCAUGAUCAUCAUUAUUAGUGUGUGUGUGAUUCUGCUGCUGAUCGCUGGAUUCACUCUGACUGUGUGCACAUUAAGACACAAGAGACGAGAUGUUGCUGACAUUUGA